CGGAAGUGUUAUAAUAUGGCGGUCUGCUGUGAACCAUGGAUCCCCUUGAUGUAGAAGGAAGUCCAAGGGUGACCAAUGGUUAUACAACAGAAGACGCACUGUUUGUCCUGUGUCAAGAGCUACAAAGAGAGAUCGACAAAUAUGACUGCCAAAAAAGGGAUUGGCUAAAACUCUUACGCAGUUUUGUGCACACAAAUGUUCAGUCGCUGUACCACUGGACAACGGCAGUCUGUGCAGUUUUACUAGCAUGUGUUCUCAUAGCUACUUAUGCUAUUCAUAUCAAUAUUAGCAAUCCGUUUGGCAUGUGUACAUGGUGGCUAGUAUUGGCAUUCUUCCUAGUGUUGGCUGUCGUAUUCAACUCUGCCCUCAAUAUUUGCUGUGUUCUGAUGACUCGCAGGGAGUACAGUGACAUCAUUAAGAGAGUCCUGAAGAAGUUAUGGGACUGUAGGAAGAUAACAGAAUGGAACGCUUCCAACUACCCCAACAGCACAUCCCCCUUGACCCCCUGUGUGUCCCUGCAGUGGACGCUGCGAGAUGGGGAGCGGGUCAACCUACCACAGCCACUCCUGGUCAUCGGGGACAUCAUCCUGCUGCGGCCAGGGCAGGUGGCGCCGGGCAAGUGUCGAGAGCUGGAGGAGAGUGAUGACGCCCAGGAGUUGGUGCUGAUGGCGGGAGAGGUGUACUCCCCGGAGAUAGAAGGGGUCAGCGAUUCCCUGGCAGGCCCCCAGGGUAGGGUGCCUCUUCAGACAAGGAAGUUUCUCUUGCUAGAGACGCCUUUCCUGCAAAAUAUCAGGGAUAUUCUUGGGGAUGACAUUUCUAGACCAGUGAGUAUUCUGGACAAUGAACGCCAUCUGCUGGUUCAAGUGUGGCUGGAGAGGAGGAUAAUACCGCUGGUCCUGGUUAUAAUGACGCUGACCAAUGUGUUGAGAUUGACGUACCAGGAAAACCACGUUGGCCACUGGUCAGAGAUGCUGUUCAUUCUCCUGAUCCACAGCUUGCUGCCCCUGCUGACUCUUGUGUUCCCCAUCAUGUGGGUUCUUAUCAACAUCUAUGGCCAAGCAAGGAUAUUCUCCGUCUUUGAAGUAGCUAGGAGAUUUAAGCAAGCGGUGGAUGAGAGUUUUGACAGUAUGAGCACCAUCUCUGUGGACGAGGCUCGGGUGGACAUGUCAGGGCAGUUGGUGUUCCGCUGGUUCAGGGAACUGUUCACUGGAACGGCUCCUGUUGUGUCCAGACAGGCUAACGUACUCCAUGUGCUGGGCAGUGUGACGUCUCUGUGCUGUGUAGACAAGAAGGGUAUCUUGUCCUGGCCAAACCCUUCAGCUGAGAAAAUAUUUUUCUUCACGCCUGGACACCGCAAGAAGGUGUCCCGCACGAGUGACAUUGCCGUGAUCGCACAGACUCCCCUGACAGACACUGUAUUCAGUGACAUCCCCGAGGAAGAGGCCAUCAAGAAGAAGAAAGAUUCUGGCCGGAGGUCGAGCCACUCUUCAGUGCAAGGAGUUCAGAAUCACAUUGAAGUGUUGGAUCUCACUCAUGAUGCAAAGACCACAUUUGGGCUACAUUUUGAUGAUCCAACAUGGAAGAGGCAUAUGAACUCACUGAAACCCUUGGGCCUGAACAUCCUCUUGAACACAUGCAACCUGGCCACGGUGGAAUGGUACACCCAGUUCAGUGAUCACGUCGCCUGUGCCGCACUGGAACAUGAUGAGACAGUCGCAGUGGUCAACAGACGGUGUAUGUGUGACCUGGCAAAGGAGAUUGGCUUCUCUCAGCAGGCCCUCCGUGGCUUCAGUCAUGAUGAGUGUCUCGGCAUGUACAGACAAGUGCCUGAUGAGGAGUCUGCCAAGGAGAGGGUGAACCGAGCCAAGUCCUUCAUACAACACAAGAUCCCAAUGCCCAACAUGGUAUCUGUGGUCACAAGAGAUAAAACAUCAGGCAUGUGUCAGCUGUUGACCCAGGGCACAGCGGACAUAGUGCUGGACUGCUGCACCGACUACUGGACAGGCAAUGAUCUGUGUGUCCUCUCUGAGACCGAUAAGAAGAAGAUAGUUGACUUCUACCAUAGGAACAGCAUGGCUGCCUACUGUACAGCGUUCUCCUACCGUCCCCUCGCACAGAACAUCUCCCCAUUGCUGGAGAGCAUGUACAUUGAGCUACCUGACAAGUUUGUCCGACUUCUCAACUCUGGCAGACCAAAUAGAACAUCUGAAUGUGAAGAUCCGGAGUCCUCUGCUUUGUUGACCAAGUCGUCAAGAUCUUUCAGUGUGGACUCGUUGAUGGAGAGUGAGAGUGUGUCUUCUAUUGACGACGUCCCUGGGUGUCACCAGGCCCAGAGUAACCAGGUCUUCAUCGGCAUGGUGACGCUGCAGUACCAGGCCCGACAGGAGAUAGUACAGCUUAUCGAAAAACUUGAAAAUGCUUGCAUAAGAUUUGUCCACUUCUCCAAGGAGAAUGAACUGCGAAGCAGGGUAUUUUCAGAGAAGAUGGGAUUGGAGGCAGGCUGGAACUGCCACAUCUCUCUCAUGUCACAUGACAACUUUAAACUUGAGGGCAACAUGUCUGGGCCGGAGUCAGUCUGUCACGGCGAUGUCUCCCAGCGACCCUCUCACCAUUCCAGCCGCCAUUCCACCGACGACCUUGGGCGUGACACAGCUGGGAAUGUGACCUCCAAGGCACAGUCUGCAACUGAUGCAGUGUGCUCGAGAAGCUUCAGUGCUCCUAGUAUCAUAAACCUGGAGGAGACCCAGGUGAAGUUUGACGUGGACAACAUCUCCAUCAAGGAGGAUCAGUGUACUGUGACCAUCAAGGAGAACUCCCCUGUGGUUGUGUCCGGGGACAAGGAGCUUGAUGAGGAGGAGGAAGAGGAGGAGGGAGAAGGGGAGGGGGAGUCGCAACGACUCAUGUCACCGAAACGACAGCGGGGCUGGAGUUCCAGUGACGAUGAUGCUGAGGGAGAGACAGAUUUCCAGUCUGACAGCCGCUAUACCUCAAGUUACGUGACUGACAACACUGAUGAUAGUCUCACAGGGGCUCUGGAUAAUAGGGCAAAGCUACCAAGAGGUAUUGAGAAUAUCCGCCCCCACCUGGCCAGCACCGACAACGUCCCCCUCCUAGUCAACCUCUUCACGGACUGCACACCUGAAGCAACCCAGGAAAUGAUGAAGAUCAUGCAGGAGAAUGGGGAGGUGGUGCUGUGUAUGGGCAGCUGUGCCAACAUCCAGAACACUCCUCUCUUCCUGCAGGCAGAUUGUAGUUUCUCCCUUGAGCCUCUGUACCCACAAGUGUGUGCCAAGCAGCGGGUGAUGGUAGAACCAUGGGAUGAGGACAAGCCGACCCCCAUGCAGAUAGCAAGUGCCCUGAUCAGCAUGCCCUGUCCCCUGUCCUUCAGGAGGGACGACAAUGUCAGUCUAGUACAACUCAUUGCAGAGGCCCGUCACUUCACCCAGGCAAUGAGGAACUGUUUCUACCUGAUGUUGUGUUUCCACCUGUCACUGACCCUGACCCAGGUGCUGGCCAGCAUACUGCUGCUGCCCCCCACGUUGGACACCCGCCACCUGCUGUGGCUCCUCCUGGUGGUCAUCCCACUCCUCAGCCUUACCCUCAUGGGCAACCCCGUUGACCCCCGCAUCAUGACCAUGGCCACUCGCAAGAACAAGGACCAUGUCAACGGAGAGAUGCUUGGGCAGUAUAUUGUGCAGUUUAGCCUGAGGUUCCUGCCAUCUGUGAUAGUCCCCCUGCUGUGCUACGGCCUGACUCUGAACUCCUUCUGUCAUACGACCCCCAACGUCACAUGUGCUGUCUAUACAUUCAGUGAUGGAGGAAAUCAGACUGUUUUUCACAACUGGUAUGAAAAAUACUCAGGAGGGAUAAUCCUUGCUCAAAAUAUACUUCUCUUCCUGCUGGUAUUUUACUUUGCCUGCAUAUCAAUGAGCUUCGUCCACUGGUCAGAUCAUCUCUGGAAGAAGCUUCCAUUUACAAAUAAACUGUGGUCAAUAGUUACACCCACACUAUUACUGGUCCAGAUAAUAUAUUUUGUGGGUGAUGUCGCAGUGCAAUCUCGGAGUGCGGUCAACACUUUGUCACUGUCCAGUGUUCACCCUGCUGUGUGGGCACUGGGGAUGGGCUGGCCGGUUGUUAUUGUCACUAUCAAUGAACUAGUCAAGAGAAGGGAGAUCAAAUUGGCAGUGCGGCAUCAGAAAAGAGCACGGUUAGAUUUUGGAACCAAAUUAGGAAUGAAUUCUCCAUUUUGAUGCAGCUGUAUAGGAUGCCUUUCUUCUGUGACCACAAACUGCCAAACAUCUUUCACUUCUUGUCAUUCUGUGUGAUGGAUUUAUUGAUGAACAGUAUUUAUUGUCAACUAUUUACACUUUUUAUGCAUUGUAUUUUUUAAGUUUCAUUGAAGAAUGGGGAUAGCUUUGAAAACACUCUGUUACAGGCUUUCUUAGUUGUUUGUAAUUUUGGACUUAUUUAUUUUCAUUUAGAUGAUAUUCAAUUUUAGACUUGCCUGUACCCUGCAUGCCUCGUAUAUGGAAAUGUCUCAUUCACCCGCACUAAUCAAAGGCAAAUAAAAUCAUUUGGUCACAUAUGUGUAUGUGAAAUAUUUAUGUUACCAUCGUAUGCUUUUGACAACAUAUAUUUUAUAUGAUAAUACGUUCAUUUUGUGUAAUUUGAUUCUUAGUUUGAAGAACAAGAAAAUGAUUGCAUUUCUUUUAAAGACCAUUAUUAUGAUCAUCAAGCAAAAGAAGUAAUAUCUGUUUUAUUUAAAAGAAUGUGAACGCAUUUUUCAUUGAUAUGACACGACAUUAAUUACUUCUUUUUUGUUCUUCAUUUUCCAUGUUUUUUUCCCAUACUGACUUGAUCAUGUUCAGCUUGUGAGUGUAGGGCUGUUUUUGGUACCCCACUUGUAGUGUGUAAGCACUUGUGUAGACCAGCAACUACUGUACUUGUGUCUACAGGUUUUGACCUAGACCUGCUCAGUUGACAAUAUUCGGCCCUAAUUCUGUAGCCAAUGGCAGUAAAAAAUCCCAAAUUGGAACUACAAAUUUCCCACAUCCUGUAGUUAAGGUUGAAACCAGUGUCAUGGCUUUUUCAAGUUGACUUGUGUUUCAUGGAUAACAGGACCAACAUAUGGAUCGAAAAGGUGUUUGUGCUUAGUUUUGCACUAUUACAUUAAGUGCAGUGGUUAACUACCUCCUAAUUUGAGAAAAUACCCACUUUAAAAAACCUCCCGGUUUUGAAAAUAAUUUUGAGUUUUUCCCAGUUUACCUGGCAAGGGGGCGGUUGGGUAGCCUGGUGGUUAAAGCGUCGAAGACCCUGGUUCGAUUCCCGACAUGGGUACAAUGUGUGAAGCCCAAUUCUGGUGUCCCCUGCCGUGAUAUUGCUGGAAUAUUGCUAAAAGCGGCGUAAAACCAUACUCACUCACUCACUCACUCACUACCUGGCAGGGGAAGUUAGUUUGGAAUACUAGAUACAUCCCAGGCACAUACACGCCCACCAUUGUGGGUACACUUUUAAGCUAUCUGGUGUACAAUGUGCAGUCAAAAAUUGCAGUACGAACGCCACUGACUUACAAUAGCAAAAUGGCCACAUCGCAGACUUGUUAAUAAUUCAUGGCAUUUAUAAAAUAUUUAUUCAUUCUUUGAUAACUAAGGUUGGUUUUAAGGUGCCAAUGAUAGUAAUUUGAUUGUUAUUGCUGAAAUUAAUGGUUUGUGUGUUUUUUUUCUGGCCAGUUCACAUAGACUUCAAUCAAUGUUAAUAUACGCAAUAUUGAAGAAAUUAUGAAUAUAUUUAAUGAAUUUGAAUAAAACUUUUGUCUAGAAAUCCACUGAACACUUUUGAUACAAACUUGUGUAGUGACAGGACUAGCUGACAUACUCCACUAUGAACCUGUUGACGUAUGUUAUCUCCACUGUUUCAUGCUGCUGCUUUAACUCUCGGUAAAAACAAUGAAAACUGCCCCCACUAAACAGCUGUAUUUUUGAGGAGAAAAAUGUGUAUUGUUAUUCAGCUAUUAGUAGUUAGUAGUAAUAAGCUAGAUAGCCUGUGUAGAGAGGACUCCCAUUAAGUCAGAACAUUUCUUUAAGGACAUACCAGUACAUUUUUUAAACUUUAAGAUAAAAAAAGUUUAUCUUAUACUACUCAAAAGAAGUUAAGGACCACCUGAUUCUGUCAUAAUACUACAGUUCAUCAGUCCGUGAUGGCAUGCCAGAUUAACGAUAGUAAUAUGAGUGAGUGAGUGAGUUAGGUUUAACGCCGCUUUUAACAGUAUUCCAGUUAUAUCGCGGCGUGUCAGCUUAAUGUGGGAGGAAAGCCCGAAGUGAUGCAGGUCUCAGACGUUAACCACUUCGGUGAAACCCAUGAGCACGGGUAUGGUGCUGACAAACCUAGAAACAUAAUCGGGGCGAAGAUAGUAAUAUGAAAGAUCAGGUGCUCCUUAACUUCUUUUGAGUGGGAUUGAUUACCUUGUGACCCGAUGAGGUUACAGUGACAUGGCUGUAAUAUAACUGAUUGUGCUGACAACAACCUCACACUUUCUCAAAUCAAUAGCUAAUUUAGGACCAGCUAACUAUCAAUGGAAUUUCUAUUUAUUUUUAAAUAGGAUUUUAUUUUUUUAUUAUGAGGAAGACAACGUUUCGGAGUAUAGGCUUAUUCCUUCAUCAGGUGAAUGACCAUCUGAUGAAGGAGUAAGCCUAUACUCAGAAACGUUGUGUUCCUCAUAAUAGAGAAGUUGGCAUCCAUAAAUUUUCUUCCUUAUAUGUAUCACUUCUAAAUGCUUUUCAAAGAUUUUAAUUUUGUAGUGAACUGAUGUAAAUGAGUACCGCCAUGUAAUGAGGAUGUAUGUUCUAUAUAGAUGUGAAAUGGGUAUCUCCGCCUGUCCUGCUUCAGAUCCGAGUGUUGGUACCCUGGAUGGUAUUGUUCUCCCGUAUUGAUGCCUUGAGAAUUUACAUUGAUGAUACAGAUCAGGAUACACCUACCAAUGUAUCAGCUCAAGGUUUGAAGGCUGUAUCGAUUUUGUUAAAAAGGAAUAAUAAUAGCUUUGCAGCAACCCAGCUUGAAGACUACCAUGACUACUCAGGCUAGUAUUAUCUUCCUGCAUGUCACAACAGAAGGUGCCAAAUCCGGUCUUUUGACUCAUUAGAAGUCGCUAGAACAUGAAUACAUGACACUUUUGUUUAUGGAUAACAACUUCUUUGUUCUUUGUAGCGACGUUUCAGGGCUACUUCUUGCAUGACGAAUGUGCCUGGAGACAUUGUUGAAAAGUUUUGUGUCUAAUUAUCAUCCCAGUGAAACACAAACUGGUUGACAGAAACAGUCUCUAGUUAGCCAGGCCACAUAGUAAAUGUAGAAUUUCAUGCAAAACAACAGAAAUUAAGCAAUUCGAUAAUGUAAUGUAAUGUGACUCAAAUAUUGAUCUAUGUAUUACGACAGCCAGGUUGGUGGCUCUGACUUAUGGGAGUCCACUCAUUUUUAUAAUUCAUAUUAUGAUAUAUUCUCCAAUACAAUGCUCACAUGUACUGUUCUUUCAAAGAUUGAUAUAUUUCUGAGUGACAAUGAACACAUUCUACAUUUUCAUAUUACGUGUUGUGCUUAUAUUUUGAAGAUAUUGACAUACCAGCGUGAAGAUUUUUAUCCAAUUUGAUAUUUGUAUACCGGUAAUUCCUCAAUAUUGUCACAUAGUUCUGAUUCCUACACUGAGUACCCUGUGCCUUGUGUACCUCCUGUUGUUGUAGGCUACUGUCUGCAUCUUCCCGAGGCAAGAGUUAACUGACUGUAACAGUCCAGUUUCCACCCUUGCCGAACUUGGCUGGAAUUCCUGGGCUCAAUCGUUGUGCCACCUGUGGCUAUUACGAGUUAUGUC